AUGACACGCUUGGUGCCGGUUCAUGCAACAAUGACCUCGGCUGAGACCGCGGUGCACUUCAUUGACAUAGUGUUUCGCUAUCACGGUUUACCGGACGACAUUGUCUCGGACCGUGAUCCUCGCUUCACAUUUGCGUUCUGGACCUCAUUGUUUAAGAUUCUUGACACGAAGCUGCAGAUAUCGACGGCCGUUCAUCCGGAAACGGAUGGGCAUCCAGAGCGGGUCAACCGGGUCCUCGAAGAUGUUCUUCGAAGUUAUGCUACUUCCUUCACAUGUUGGAGUGCGUUCUUGCCACUCGCUGAGUUUUCAAUCAACCACGCUAUUCACGAGUCAACAGGGUUGACGCCAUUCUUUGCGAAUUCAUCUCGUCACCCUCGAGUUCCUGCUCUUCGUGCCGUAAAUCAUCUCACGGAUCUUCGUGUAUCCGCUCUGGAGGGGGGUGAAAGUGACAAUUAA